AUGAAAUCUUACACUAUUGAACAAGUCGCUCAACACAACACUGCCAAAGAUAUUUGGAUCAUUGUUGAUGGGAAAGUCUUUGAUUUGACUGAAUUUAUCAAUGAGCACCCAGGCGGUAAGAAGGUCCUCACCAAGAUGGCAGGAAAGGACGCUACCAAGCAAUUCAACACAUUCCACAACGAUGCCAUCAUGCAAAGAGUUGGUCUUCCUAUGCAAAUUGGCGUCAUUGGUGAUGCUGAUACCAAAGCAACCAAAUCAAAGUUGUAA